AUUUGGACAAUACCCUGAAGCAAACUUUGCCAAGGCAGGGGUACUCGCACUUUACAGGCGCUAGGGAAGAGUUUAACACACAGCCAGUACCCAGGAGAAUCCCACAUUACGAGGAGGAUCCAUUUUGGAAGAACAGACAAGAUAAUUUGGUUCAUGGCAGGGAUCAUCACACAGAUACAAGUUACCAUGACUAUAAAGGAAUUCACCAUGAACCAGAGCGAAUACCCACAGCCAAUCCUCGUGGAGCCUGGAACCAUGGGAGAAGGACCAAACAAUCUGGGAGAGGAGCACGUGGAAGAGUGGUGGCGAAAGCUGAACCUCCCUUAGUACUGGGUGGCAUCCCUCACUUAAAACGUUCCUUUGUUAUGAAUAAAAAUUCUGAUGAUCCUGAUACAUGUAGUGAGAAAGAAACUUUAGAUAAAGGAAAAACUGGAAGUGCAUGUACUUCAAGUAUGAUGACACCAAAUGUGGCUGGGGAAAAUAGUAGAAAUAAAAGCUCAGUAGGUUCAAUGGAAAGAGAUGCAGGCUGCAAAACUGAAAAUAAUUAUAAUGCUAAAGUAAGUGAAGCAUGGCCUCAGCACUCCAGCACUGAUAAUACCCAAAUUGCAGAUUAUAGACAAGAGGUUCCCAAGAGACAUAGUCAUGCCUGUGAGGAAUCUGUCAAUAUUCGUGGACUCCUGAAUGAGAGUAGGCAAGUACAUCAGGAGCUGAAUGUUGAAAAUAGUGCUGCUAAUGAAUCGCAAAAAGUGACUAACUACAACAGUGAAAGAAAUCAUAAUUAUGGCAAAGCAUAUGAAGACAAUAGUAGUGUUUGUCAACCAUCCAUAGCACCUUCACAGACUUCUGUGCCUGCCGAUACUGCUAAGCUGGAAAUGGAAACUGAACGCUACUAUGAUGAGCUGUUGGGAAAAGAAGAAUCUGAAAAGAAUGUGGCUGAGAAGCUGUCAGCAUCUCAAGUGGCUAAAAUCACCAUCAGCUACAAAACUGAUGAAGAACAAAAAAAAGCAGAAGAGGAGAGAAUUAAGGAAGUGGAACAAAGAGAAAAAGAACAACAGGCUCAAAUAGAAUCAGCUUGGUCAGUGUUACAUCAAUACUGGCAGUUUGUCAGAGAAAAUCCAUAUGAUUUUAAUGGAUGGACUUAUCUUUUGAAUCAUGUUGAGAGUAUGGAUAAUUUGGAAGUCGCACGCUCUGCCUUUGAUGGAUUCUUGCCACUGUAUCCUUAUUGUUUUGCUUAUUGGAAAAAGUUGAGCGACAUGGAGCUAAAACACAAUGACAUGAGGAGGUGCCUGGGCGUUCUUCUGAUUGGUACUGAAUGUGUGCCAUUUUGCACAGACUUGUGGGUGUCAUUGCUAAAUAAUAUGAUCAUGUAUGCCAAGCAGAUGGACUUUCCUCUUCAGUUGGUACGAGAGCUCUAUGAAAGUGGCUUGAACUGUAUGGGGCAAUCAUGGCACAGUUCAAGUCUGUGGGAUGCUUGUAUUAACUACGAACAAAAUAAUGGCAACCUUGUAACUGUUAUGGCUCUCUAUAGAAGACUGAUACAGACACCAACAAGAUUGUUUAAUAAACACUGGGAUCAUUUUUUAGCUCUAGUUCGAGAUCAUCAUCCACGUAGUCUUCUUCCUGUUGAAGAGUACCAGGCAUUACGCAAGCAAGCAUGUGAAGAGCUCAAAAUUAGGUACACACCGACAAGCCACAUGCCUCCCAAAACAAUUCAGAAGACUCCACAACCAGAGGAUAAACUGACUUCCUGUAUAAAGGAAAAGCUUGUGGCUUUAUAUAUCAAAACUCACGAGUGCAAUGAGGAGGAAGUGGACAAAAGAUGGAAGUUUGAGGAAAAAAUAAAACGACCAUACUUCCAUGUGAAACCUCUAGAUAAGAGACAGAUCAAGAAUUGGAAUGAGUACUUGGAUUUUGAGAUAGGUGAAGGAGAGCCUUUAAAGAUUAUACCAUUGUUUGAACGAAGUUUAGUUGCAUGUGCACUCUAUGAAGACUUUUGGUGUCGUUAUGCUCUCUACAUGGAGAAGCACACACAAAAUGUUUUGGACGAAAAAGAGAGAGAUUUAGCAAGUGAUAAAGAUACAGGGAAUGAUGGAUAUGAAAAAGAAUGUGAAGAUAAAAAGAACACAGAAAUUACAGUGCCAGAAAGUGUAGAAAAUGAUGAAGAAAAUAAUAAUGCAGGAAAACAUCAUGAGGCUAACAAAGAGGAAGAUAGUUUAGAUGGUGAAAAUAUUGAAAAACAGGUAAAUGAUAAAAGUAUCGAUGUUAAAAAUGUUAAAGAUGAUACAGUGGUGCGGGGCUCUGAUGUGAAAGUUGACAAAAACAUUGUGAGGGACUUGAGAGUUGAAAGCCAUGAUAACAAUGAUUCUACUAUUGGUAGUGAUUUGGUGAAAAUGAACCUAAGAGAGCAGUUACAAACUAGUGAAGUAGGUGAUGGACAAAAUAAAGUGGCAACAGAAAUUAUACAAGUUGAAAAUGAGAGACAAAUUGCAAAAAAGACAGAGCCCCCUACCUUAGAGCAACUGAAGAGUGAACUGUGUUCUGACUUGAACAUUAGUGAACGUGUGUUAAAGUGCCCCCCGCUCACCCCUCAGUGGAUUAAGAGUGGGGUGAGCUGGGAGGACGUGAGGCGUAUAUACCGCCGUGGUGCCUGGAUUCAUUGUCCCAGUAAACCAGGCAUCCUCAUGCAAUGGGCAGAGUUCGAGGAGACACAAGGAAACUUGGACACAUCUAGAGAACUUCUCAAUACUGUCAUUACUAAGUACCCAACGCUGCUUAAGGCCAGGAUGUACCUGAUAGAGCUGGAGCGUCGGGCAGGUUGUUAUCAACGAGUGGAAGAACUGUAUGCAGAGGCAUCUCGCACAUUUACCCAACCACGCCAGCGCUCAUGGUUGGCCAUCAAAUACGCUCGCUUUCUCUUUAAGAUAUUACUGGAAGCCGACAGAGCUUUAGCAGUCUUGCGCAAAGCUCUGAAAAAAGAUCGAGGCAAUGUACACCUUUAUCAUCAUGUGUUUGAUAUAUGUUACCAGCGACAGCCUCUUGACUGUCAGGGAGUGUUGGCAUCUGUGUUGCUGGCUCUUGCCUCAAAAGAACUCUCUGUGUCUGACAAACACUGGUUUGCACAUAAGAGAGUUGAAUUUCUUAGAGAACAUGGAGAUAUAAAAGAGCUGAAGAAGGCACAACAGGAACUUGCAGAAUUAAAGGAAUUAGCAGAUAAAAUUAAUUUAACAGUUAAGCAAGAGAAUGUGAAGCAGCAGGAAAGUGAAGAGUUAAAUACAGAAACAAUGAAGAGCACUGAAAAUAAAACUGAAAAUAAAGAUAGUAAAUGUGGUGAAGAUAAAGAGACUGUUGUGGCAUCAACAGCAGAAUCAUCAGAACCAAAAGAUGAUACAACUGAUGCACUUCCUAUUCCUGUUAAUUUUUCUGAUCCUCAGCUAAACCAGCAAUUUCCUGUGCCUUAUUUUGCUGCUGAUGGAGCUAUUACAUACAACCCGAUGGCAGGGUAUGGAUAUGGUCACUCAGAUCCAAAUCAAGCCCUGCCAACAGCUCAGGAGAUAGUCCAAGGUGGCACACAGGACACACAACAACAAAAGCCUCGAGAAGAGUACCAUAAGGUCCCACCAACCUGGGAAUUUGAAAUUCAAACUGGCUCCUAUGGAUAUGGGAAGUCAGAAGAGCACCGGUGGCACCAGGAAGAUGGAUACCAUCAGUACAAUGAUCUUCUUGCUAGUGGCUAUCCUCAGCACCUAAAGGAUAAGGAGAUUGAAGAGGUAAAAAUUCCAUUCCCCAUCAAUAUAGAGCACUUGCGUAGGCGAGCUGGAGAUCAAGAUCCUGCUCAUCUACCAGACAUGAGUCAGCCACCCCCAUCAGCAGCAGGAGGACUUCCACCAAUCUCUGCUACCACACCUACAACAAUGACUUCAUGUUUACCACCACAUAAAUUUACCAGGCCCCCACCAUCUUUGGGUUUAGGACCUCCUGGGUUGUUUCCCCCAGGUUUUGGACCACCUCCUAAUCAAAUGGAUGCACUGCCCCCUGGAGAUAGCCGCCUGUACUCAGUGGACUCUCAGCAUCGACGCUUUGACAGUCCUACCCAUUUUGGCAAACGGAGGCACCUAGAUGAUUACAGUGUAAAAGGUGAGCCACCCUACAAGAUGCACUGCAUGGAUAAUUUUGAUCUUGGCCAACAGUACCGACCUGAGUAUGAUACCAAUUAUACAGCUUCUCCUGGUCCUAGUGCUCCACCAACUCACAGAGCUGAUUAUGGGUCCUACAGUACCAACAUUCAGUCGUAUUCUCAGUAUACACAAAAAGAUGAUGAGCAUCUCAGAAAGAACCAUGAUGAGAGGCAUGACCUACCUCUUUGCAGGGAUAGUCCAGAGCUCUCCAGGUUUAAUGAGUCAAAUAGAUAUUCUCUUCGUGAUGCCAACAGUUUUGACCUUCCUCUUCCAAAAGAGUUAGAUGCCAAAGAAGCAGAGAGAUUGUGUGCUAAUGUCCCUGACUGGCUGAUACAAGAUGGUGGAGAGUUGUGUCUUAGUGACACUGAGAGGGGCAUCUCCCUUAUUCGCUACUGGCCAAACUUCAUGACCCAGAAGGGAGAGAAGACAAUUUUCCGCAUUCUGAGGAAAGGACUUAAGUGGCACCAGAGACGAGCGAUUACUGAUGGGCAGUGGCAAAAUCUCCCUCACUUGCUGUCCUGGAUUGGCCCAUGUGACUACUCUUAUUCAGGUGUUGUUUUGGAGAAGAAUACAAACUGGUUGCCUGAGAUUGUUGAUCUUCUACAUAGGCUAAUUCGAUAUACUGGUAAUCAAUACAACAGCUGCAUCCUUAAUCUCCAUCGUAAUGGAUAUGACCACGUAGCUUGGAUGGAGGAGCGCCACCCUGCUUUACGUGAUAAUCCCUCCAUUGCAUCUGUAUCACUUGGGUCAUCUAGAUUGUUUGAAAUGCGAAGAAAGGAUGGACGAGGAUUUCUGCGUUUUCCCCUUUUCCCAGGGUCUCUGCUUCUUAUGGAAGGAGCUACUCAGGAGGACUGGCAACAUCAGUUUCCAAAGGAGCCCAACGUUCCUGGUGAAAGGAUACACAUGACCUUCCGCAAGUUGUACAUGAUUGAGGGUUUAACAGUGUGAUACCGUAUUGUCUUUACAAUUUUACUAGCGUAUUGUAUUAAUGUUGGUAGAAUUACCGACAAUAUGUUAAAUAAAAAGACAGGUGCAACAUUUUAUUGUGGCAACAUUUGGUUCUCCAGGAACUUUGUCAAACUGUUAUGUAAUGGCUUGACAAAGCUACUGGAGAGCGAAACGUCACAAUAAAAUGUUGCAUUAGUUGCACUUGUCCUUUUACCUAAUUUUACUAGCACUAUGCUAGCACAAAUUGAAUACUAUUUUAAUAUAAUUAGUCUGUAAAGGAAGUACAUUAGUUUUGUAGCUUAAUUCCUUUUGUUCUAUACCUUCUUAAAACACUCUCCAAUAAUUUUUACACAUUUUAAUGGGUUACAAUCAUUAAAUAGUGGAAACAAAAUUUUAUAUUGUUCAACUAUCACUUAUAUACUUGACCUACUCAGAUAAAAUUAUGUAUAAAAGUAAAGUGAAAUGCACGAGAAAGGAGUUAAGCAGAUAAAAUGAAAGGUGAAAAGACAAUCAAGGAAAACGGAUGACUUAGGCAAACAUACAUAUUACUAUUACCAAUAGUUUUUUAAUUUAAAUAAAGUAUGUAGAUUAA